AGCCUCAGCCACACUGCACUCACUGUGGAAACAGUGCGCUCCUGACAACUCACCGACGCAGAGUUGCAGCCACACGGAGCCAGAAUCACGCACAUCCAAGUCUGUCCAACCGACAGGACAAAGAACGACAUCAUGUCCACGUACGCGUCCUACGAAUGCCGCAGGGUCAGCCCGUCCGUCCACGGCAACAAGUUCGACACGGCGCAUCGGAAGAAGGCCGAGGGCAACAUAUUUGAGAACGUCAACCAGGACGCGCUCAUGAAACUCUUUCAGAAAACGGGCGACAUGAAGGCGGAGGAGAGAGUGAGGAGCAUCUUCUCCUAUAGCCAGGACCCGGAGGAGACGGCGAGAGCUCUGAUGGCCCUGAAGCAGCGCAAGAAGGACAAGUUCCUGCGGAUCGCUGGCAUGGUCCGACAGCUGCUCAAACUGCGGUGACUCUGGUUGUAGCAGCGCGUGAAAAGCGCUUUUUUUUUUCUGUCUGUGGGCUCUUUGUGUGAGCCGAAUGUGAAACAAUCCCACCGUGGGAAUAAACAGCCGCAGGUGCGGCUCUAACUUGUCGCCUGGAAAGGUGCGCUUGCAGCAGCAGCCCCGCUGCAUCAAGGAGCCGCUGUGGCCUCGGGGAUGGAGGUGACAGCAGCAGGAUGUCCUGUGUGCAGCCGAUGGAGCCAAAUACAUGAACAAAGAGACACUUGAAUCCACGUCUGCUUCUCGGUGGAUUGCAGGAGCGUGGAGCAUCAGUGUGUGUGUGUGCAACGAUGAGAGUGAACACCAGCAAAAACCAGACUGUUUAUUUAUGUACAGUGCCGAGCUGAAGAACCUGUCUACAUGAAUGCCUGUCUCCUUAACACAAUGCCUUGACUCUCAGCACCAUGAUGGUGGCCACAGUUGUGAUGAUGUCACCAACAUGUUAACACAGGAUGCACAAUAACUACUGCAUUGCAAUGCAAUUUCCUAUGUUCCUAUAUUUGUACGUUUUCUAAAUAAAUUAUUGAACUGUCAACAAAAA